AUGCUGCCUCUUCCUCCCCUUGCAGAUGACGUUCUCGAGUUCAUCGGGAACACUCCCAUGAUCAAGUUGAACAAGAUUCCUCAGUCCUUCGGCAUCAAAGCCAAGGUUUACGCCAAGGUUGAGUUGUUCAACCUGGGUGGCUCCAUCAAGGACAGAAUCGCCAAGAACAUGAUUUUGGAGGCUGAAAAACAGGGUAGAAUAAAGCCAGGCUACACUUUGAUCGAGCCAACUUCGGGUAACACCGGUAUUGGUUUGGCUCUUGUGGCUGCUGUUAGAGGCUACAGAACCAUCAUCACUUUACCUGAGAAGAUGUCCAACGAGAAGGUGUCUGUUUUGAAGGCAUUGGGUGCAGAGAUUAUUAGAACUCCUACUGAGGCUGCCUGGGACUCUCCUGAGUCUCACAUCGGUGUUGCUCAGAAGUUAGAAAAAGAGCUUCCCAACGCUGUCAUCUUGGACCAAUACGGUAACGAGGCCAACCCAAGAGCCCACUACUACGGUACUGGUUACGAAGUGUGGGAGCAGACCGAGGGUAAGGUCACUCACCUCGUUGCUGGUGCUGGUACUGGUGGUACCAUCUCUGGUAUUUCCCAGUACUUGAAGGAGAAGAACCCUGAUGUUAGGAUCAUCGCUGCUGACCCUAAGGGUUCCAUCUUGGCCCAGCCAGAGUCUCUUAACACCACCUCUGACGGUUACCUUGUGGAAGGUAUUGGUUACGACUUUAUUCCAGACGUUUUGAACAGAAAGCGUGUGGACCACUGGAUCAAGACUGACGAUGCUGAGUCUUUCAAGUUGGCCAGAAGAAUCAUCAGAGAGGAGGGUAUCCUUGUUGGUGGCUCUUCCGGUUCUGCUUUGCAGGCUGCUUUGGAGGUUGCUAAGGACUUGACUGAGGACGACACUGUUGUUGUUGUCUUCCCUGACUCUAUCAGAUCCUACUUGUCCAAGUUCGCUGAUGACGAAUGGAUGAAGAUCAACGGUUUCGAAGUGGAUGAGACUAACACCGCUGCCAACAAGACUGACGACUUCUUGCACAACAAGACCAUCGCUGAUCUCGUUGCUGGUAAGCCACCUGUGGUUACUGUCACCUUGGCUGACACCGUUGGCAAGACCUUCGAGUUGCUCAAGUCUAACGGUUUCGACCAGUUGCCAGUGUUGAGCUCCAGCGGCAAGUUGAUCGGUUUGGUCACCUUGUCCAAGAUCUUGAAGUCCUUGUCUACCAAGAAGGUCCAGAUGACCAACUCCAUUAGAGGUAUCUUUUUGGACUUUAGAAAGUUGGCUGACUUCGAAAAGUCUUUCAGCAUCAGCAAGGAAUCCGGCUUCACCAAGAAGUCUUACGAGCCUAUCACUAUGAACACUCCUUUGGCCCUCUUGAACAAGUUUUUCGAGACUCACUCUAAUGCCAUCAUCACAGACGACGAGUUGAAGCCAGUGCAGAUCGUCACCAAGGUCGAUUUGCUUUCUUUCUUGGCCAAGAACGCUUCCUACUAA